GCCGAGGCUCGCCCGAGCGAGGAGGAGGAAGAAGCAAAGAAAGGAGGAAGGAAAGGAAGGCGGUUGCGGGGAGAAGCGCCAGAGACCACCGAGCUGAGGGAGGGCACCCAGGCCACCAGGCCGGAGCCGGCCGCCGAGAUGGAGCACCAGCCCGCCAGUCGGUACCAAGUGCUUCAUAAUGAAGACGAUCCUUCAGAAUCACCGGUGGUUGAACAACCAUCCACCUCUACAGAAACUGCACCAGCUUCGCAAGCAGAGGCACCUUUAUCUGAAGCAGAUGCUUUACCUCCACCUUACUGUAGUAUUGCUGUUGAAGCUGCUGCAACAUCAGAAAUGGAAUCGCCUAAUGAAUUUUACCCAGUGCCACCUCCAUACAGUGUAGCUACCUCUCUUCCCACUUACGAUGAAGCAGAAAAGGCCAAAGCUGCAGCAAUGGCAGCUGUUGCAGCUGAAGCGGCAGCCCAAAGACACGGCCAAUUUAGGGAGUCUAGGAGUCUCUUUGAUGAAAUAUUCCUGAGCCCACCUGAGGAAGAAGAAUAUCCCCCAAGGGAUGACUUCAGCGACGCAGACCAGCUUCGUGUGGGCAAUGAUGGCAUCUUCAUGUUGGCCUUUUUCAUGGCUUUCAUUUUCAACUGGAUUGGGUUUUGCUUAUCGUUCUGCAUAACUAACACCAUAGCAGGAAGAUACGGCGCUAUCUGUGGAUUUGGGCUGUCGCUCAUCAAAUGGAUUCUUAUUGUUCGAUUCUCAGAUUAUUUUACUGGCUAUUUCAAUGGACAGUACUGGCUUUGGUGGAUAUUUCUUGUGCUUGGCCUCCUCCUAUUUUUCCGAGGUUUUGUCAAUUACCUGAAAGUCAGAAAUAUGUCUGAAAGUAUGGCAGCUGCUCAUAGAACAAGAUUUUUCUUCUUGUACUAGAGACUGCAUGGACCAGGCAUUCCUUUCUCAUACCAAUGUGAACUUCCAGCCAAUCUGUAACCUUCCAAAUGAAUAUGGAAAGACGACUACUAAAAACAGAAGACAAAUAACGAAGCAGGAACUUUUCGACGCUUAGUGAAUGGCAGGGUGGUUUAAUGCUUAAGUGCCAUUUCUGUUCAUUCUAGUAAAUAUUUAUAUAAAGCAUUGCCUUUCAUCUUGCACAUAAGCGUAUGUGCUAAUUAACAAGAACUUUAAAAAGAAUAAAAUCCAUGCAUAUAGUUUGCUAAGCCGUUGAAUACAGCCGGAGUUGACUAAUCUGUGUUUGUAUCUGAAAGAUUUUUAAGUGGUAGCUCCCCUAUCUCCUCCAGGCAGUAUGUACAUUCUGCAGACAGUAUAUACUGAAUGGUUGAUGCAAAACUGCUCAGACUCUGCUAGCAAGUAUGCAAAUUAUACUCAUCUAGUAAUACACAGAUUUUUUUGUUAAAAAUUAGUGAUUUCAAUAAGUGCACAUUGGUAAGCACCCUCUGAGAACUGAUCGAGGUGUUCCAGUACAUUCCUCUUGUUCUGGUUUCAUAAGGUAUGCAUUUUUUUACAUGAAAAAGCAGGCUGUAUCAGCAGCAGGUUCGGCUCAAUGGCCUCCAUCUAAGGUCAAUUUCAUGUGUUAGAGGAAGUUGGUAGCUCAGUCCCAGGCCACUCUGGCAAUACAGUAAAAUAGAAACCACACGGGAAACAUUGUACCAGCAUUGAAGAUGAGAUCAGAGAGGGCUGGAAUUGCUGUGAUUAACAGAGUACCGUGAGACUGAACCACAAGCCAUCACAUUGGAAUCAGCCCUUGAAUUUGUGAAAAACAUCCACACAAGGUAUCAGUUUCUACAAAUGGCAAAAUAGUAGCAAUUGUAGAUAUAUGUAUGCUGAUCUGCAUAUGGCUAUCUUCGGCUAAAUUUAUUUUAUUUGUAAAGCUCUGCAGAAGUCCUUGGGCAUAAAGUUGUAGGCAUCCAAAAGUAUUAAAAAAUUGAAUCCAAACAAUAAUAUUGUCUAACUGCAUGAGUCUGAACAAUAGAUUUGGGUCUCAUUCCUGUGGAACAACCUUAGUCUCAGUAAUCAUUUGUUCUCAUGUCAUCCAUCUCAUUAGAAGGUCUAGCACAAAGAAUUGCUAGCCUGAUCCUGCACUUUUCUUGGUAGGUGUAUUUCUACCCCACUCUUCCCUUAUCCCACCCAGUCCUACAAUGGUUAGGUAUAACAAUAGAUUAGGAGUGUACAUUAGCCAUGCACUCCAAUUGCAUAGGCAGGCACCAAUUUUUGGUGUAAGUUGGUAAGACAAACACUCUUGGUUCCUUCUGAAUUGAAUGAAAAUUGCAUAGCUUGGAGCAUCAGUUUUCGUCAUUAAGAUAUUAUGCAGUCACUCAUGCGAUCAUUUUAACAUUUAAAAAGUAUCCCAGAUGGUUUUAACUGGUGCUUUAUCAAUCUUUUUUGCAGGAAUGAAAUUGAAUUCAGAUAGAUUCUAAUUGGGUUCAUGUGAGGAUAAAAUGGAGGAGAGGAGAACUAUGUAAGCUGCUUUGAGUUCUCAUUGGGAAGAAAGGCAGGGUAUAAAUGAAGCAAAUAAAAUAAUUUAAAAAUUGGUGUUUUCUAAUAACAUAUAAGCAAUGCACUAUUAAUAAUAUUCACAGAAUAGUAAUGAUGUUCCAUUUGAGUAAACAAAUACAUUUAGGGCUUUGUGGGAAUGCAAGUAGAGAUGGGCAUGAACUGAAAUACGAACCAGAGUUCAUCACAAACCAGGCCAGUUCGUGGUUCGCGAACUGGUGGUUCAUCAGAGCCCAUUUCUGAUGAACCAUGACGAAGUUUAGGCUGGUUUUUUCGUCACUGUAGACAGCCUGGCACCAUCAAUCAAUUUCCUAGGCAACUGGAGAUGGGCUUUCUGCAGUAGAGGUGUUCAGCUUUUCAGCUGAUAGGAGGCGUUUGAAAACAGCAACACUUUUCUUGCCUGCAAUACAAGUGUUGCUGCUUUCAAAAGGCCUGCUGCUUUUUUCAGCUGAGAGAAGGGGCAUCACCCUCCCAUCAGCUGAGGUCCUUUUGCACUGGAACUUGUUUGUUCUGCUUCCCAUGUUUGCAGGAGUUUGCUUAUUCUCUUCUGGCUUUAAAAGCCAGGAAAGGGUUAAAUGGCCGGUCUUUCCCUUCCUCCUUUGGGGAAUGCACACUCUCUUUUCUUUCCAAAGGCAAGAAAGUGUUGUAAUGUUGUAACAUUGCAACAUUGUAAUGUUACUGCACAUUUCUCCUGGCUUUAAAAGCCAGGAAAGGAUUAAAUGGCUCUUUCCCCCUCCCUCUCAGGCAUGUUUCAGGCUUUGAAAAAGAGAGAAACAAACAAGCAUUUUGCAUAGCCCUUUGGAAACAAAGUAGCUGGGAAGCUGGGAGGGGAUGAAGCAGCAGCUUCCCUGCUACUUUGUUUCCAAAGGGCUUUGCAAAACGCUUCCCCCUCCCUCUUUUUCAAAGCCUGAAAGAAAAGUAUUUCUGCUUUCAAGCCCACAGCUUUUUUCAGCUGAUGGGGGAUCCCCCUCCCAUCAGCUGAAAAGCAGCAGGCAUUUAAAAGGGGGAAACCAGAAGCGCAAACCCCUAUUCUGCAGAUCUGCUGCUGCCCUGAAAGUGAUGUUUUCACGAACCAAAUGAACCAGUUCGCAAACCGGAGCAAGUUCGUGAAAGUUCGUUGUUCUUGAAAUGUGACAAACCACAAACUGCAUGGUUUGGAUUUUUCCCGGUUCGUGCACAUCUCUAGAUGCAAAUAUUCUCUUGCUCAAGCACAUGCAUUCCUUCCCCAAGCAUCUCCAGGACUGCACAUUCUGGUGUGAAAGGAGAUGGGCUCUCUCAGACAUCUGCAACAACCCUCAUCUCAGUUGCUGCCAAUCAUCAAUGGGCUCUGCAUUGGGGAAGGGAAUAUGGGAGUGGGGGAAGAAUGCACAUUUUUAAAAAAUCUGAGCUCUUGCUUUUUAAUAAUAACACAUAGAGGAAUUAUAUGUUGUCUCAUUUAGUGCUGUAUCCAAUUUUGUAUCUAUUGUAUGCAUAUGGUUGACAGUUUAUAUUCUUUAAUAUAUCAGGAGUACUAAAAGAUAGCUUAACACUUUGAGAACAAAUGCCCAUUCCUGCUUUUCAUGGAAACAAAACUCUGAUAUGAGUUCUCAUGUUUUCCCUCUGAAUUCAUCAGUAUUUUUCUAUGUUUUCUUCUCUUUUUUUCUUUUUUGCAUUAUUGUUCUAAUGAGAGAGAAGUGAAUAAAAUUUUGUUUUUGGAUAAAG